AUGCAACCAGAGGAUGAGUCCUUGGAUGAAUCUUUCGAGGCAGUUGCAAAAGCGAAUAUCUCUUGGCAUUUUUCACCUUCUUCACUUUGUAAUGAACAUGGAAAUCAAGCCGAUAUAUCGAAAAGAAGAACAAAUUUUGAAGAAGAAUGGUUGGAAAAUUGCAAAGAUAUUGAGGACAAGAUACAAGAAGGACAAGAGUUCUCCUUGCUUUCAUAUACGAGAACUCCUUCACCGUUGGUUGACCAUAGAGGUUUGUGUUCGAUGGCUGAAACUUCUGCAGAAGAAUUAUGGAUGGAUAUCGAAACUGAAAAAGAAAAAGCUGAAUGUGACAAAGCGCUGAAAGAAGGAGAAGAUGCUUGUGUGCAGCUGCUUCAAAUGCUUCCUGUGCGACAUGAUUCGAUUAAGUCCGUAUCGAAGAGGCCUGAUUUUUGGAGUGAUGAUUCGUUGAUCUGUGAUGGUUUGAAUGAUACAAUGAGAUCUCAGUUCGAACCAUACCAGAAAAUUCCGGUUUCGCCCGCUGAAUUCAAUAAGUCAUUCAAAAGAAAAAUUUUCCUUCCAUCAUCUGAUGACAUUCCAGGACCAUCUUGGAGGCGUACUGAAUGCCAACCUCAUUUGCCACCUGCCAAGCGCUAUAAAAGAACAUAUAAAAUAAAUCCUGUAAAUUUUUCGCCGAGCGAAGCUGAUGCAUCGCCGGAGCAGAAAAUAUUGAAAGUUCAACGAAUAACUUCUACACCAGUUAACAAAACAAUAAAGAGAUCCAUAUCUAUGCACCAAACGCCAUCUGCCAUCGUUGGAGAUUUUGGUUUAUCGCCAAUAAAGAAAAAGCCAAUGGUAUUUGAAUCAUUUGGCCGGUCAAAAAGUUCUGUUGCACGUUUUGAUGAUGAUUCUUUAGAUUUCUGUGAUACAUAA